UCCUCUGUGUGUCUAUGUGAUGGUUCAGUAUGAAUUUGCUUUGAAAGUUUUGCACGCACCGUUUCAGAGCAAGAACGAGGGAGAUUUGGGAGACCAAAAGUUGUAGGAAAGGAUAGAGGGUGGCUCUUUUAGCUUUUAACAAGUAAAAAGUGAGAAAGAGAGAAGAAGCUUGUUAAAGAAUGGACACUACCAGUAGUACCGGCAAUAGUAUUACUAGAAGUAACAUUAGCAUUGUGACGGAACAGAGAAAGGGAAAUCUGCUUCAGGGAAUCCGAAUUGAGAAUCCGUUUGCUUUGAAAGUGGGUCAAGUAUUCACUGGCUUUGGUAUCGGCUGUGGUAUUGGCAUCGGCGUUGGCCGCCCAAUAAAUCUAGGUGCAGUACCAAUGCUAAAUCAACUCACAAGUGCCACCAGAGGAGCAACUGAUGCUUUUUCUGGUGUUAGCAGGCAUGUGAAUGACUCUUUGAGGAAGUUGGGAGCUAAGAGUAUUGAAGCAGGCGUAGGAUGUGGUGUUGGCUUCGGCCAUGGUUUCGGAGUUGGACUUGCUGUAAAACCUGGGGUGUUGCAUCAAAUUCAAUCUUGUCUUGUACAAGCAAUGACAAAGAUAAUGUUGAAGUUUGGAAUUGCUCUCACUUUACCCAUUGGACAAGGUGCCCUUCCAGCGUCUUCGCAAAGUGGUAUGAGCAUGAUGAAUCAAACGUCUUUGCAAAGUGGUAUGAGCAUGCUGAAUCAAUCCUUAAACCAAAACCCAAUGGGAAGUAUCAUACAGUUGGGAACCAAAUUGUCUGAAGACACAUCUCAAGGCCUACCCGGAUAUGGAAAUAUUGGUUCAGGUUCAACUUAUGAGAAUUUUGCAUCAAAAGGCACUGCAAUUGACUCACCUUUGGGCAGUCGAACAGAAAAGGUUCUUAACAGUUUUCUGCAGAAUCCAGUUUUGAAAGGCGAGGACACCGAGAAUGACUUGGCUGGACGUUUGCGGUCAGAAAACAACAUGCUUCAAAUGGUACUGAAACACCAGCAAGUCAUUGAGGAGCUUAUGGAGGAAAAUGAAAAGGUUCGCCAAGUACUAGUGGAAGCUUUGAAAAUACCACCCAGCAAGCUUCAAGCAACUUAUUCAAGUAGAAACAAGUCUGUGUGUACUGAUUGUUUCGAGUGCCGAAGAAAACAAAGGAAAAGUAAAUGAAAGGGGAAAAUAUACUUAAGCUCCCUGAGCUGCUACCCGUUUUUAACAUGAUAAUUAGCAUAGACACCAUGUAAGUGCUUUUACCACAUAGAGUUCAACUUGACACUCUUUUGCCUGGGGGUGUAGUGUAGACUUUGAUUUAGCCUGGCUGCCCAACUGUGCAGAAUCAUUCUCGGGGAAACACAAAAGUAGAAAUCUAGAUUACUUUACGAACAAAUGUAUUUGACAGAUUUAAGCAUUAUAUACAGAACAGUUGAAGAACUACUGAUCACAGAGGCUUCUUUUUUUUUUUUCCUACUCCUUUUCUGCUCAGAUCAUGAGGUAAUUAGUGCUCUUGUUUUGAGUUUCGGUUUUGUUAUUUGUUGAUACUUCUUUGAAGACUGGAAAGCAGUGUAUUUUCUUUGUUGAUUGAGUGCAACUUCUGUUUUUCUUGAUGCA